AAACACCUCCGCUGUCUCCGCCCACGUCCUCCACCCUCGCCUCACGUUCUCUCCUCAUACCGCCAUGGCCGACGGCAGCAACUACGACUAUCUCUUCAAGGUCGUCCUUAUUGGAGACUCCGGUGUCGGCAAAUCCAAUCUUCUCUCGCGAUUCACGAGGAAUGAAUUCAACCUGGAAUCGAAGUCGACCAUUGGCGUGGAGUUUGCGACACGAUCCAUCAGCGUUGACGGCAAGACCGUAAAGGCUCAGAUUUGGGAUACAGCCGGUCAAGAGCGUUACCGCGCCAUCACCUCUGCCUACUACCGCGGCGCCGUUGGCGCCCUCCUCGUCUACGACAUCGCAAAGCACGCAACAUACGUGAACGUAACACGGUGGCUGAAGGAGCUACGCGACCACGCCGACUCAAACAUCGUCAUCAUGCUCGUUGGCAAUAAGAGCGAUUUGAAGCAUUUGCGCGCCGUACCCACCGACGAGGCAAAGUCGUUCGCUGCGGAGAAUAACCUCUCCUUCAUCGAGACGUCCGCAUUGGAUGCGUCGAAUGUCGAGUCGGCUUUCCAGACCAUCUUGACGGACAUCUACCGCAUCGUCUCCAGCAAAUCACUCGAGUCCUCCGCGAACCCCAUUGAGCCGCCGAACUCCAGCGUCACCGUGAGCGCAACCGUCGACCCCACACCACAGGGCAACAAGUGCUGCUAGACCUCGAUCCCUUAUGCGCUCGCUGUUGAUGUUGAGCGUCGAGGUGUCGUUGCUCUCUUGCUUUCCUCUUUCUGGUAUCACUCGCUUCCCCGUCUGCAUGUCUCGCUGGUCGACGUAAUGACUGCUUGCGGCGUCCUGUAGUCAAUGACUGUUGGUGGUUCGGUCGUCGGCGGUGAACGCUUGCGCUUGGUGGAUGCGGGGUAGAUGCCCGUAGUCGGUGCUCUCAGUGGACGCCCGCGGUCUGGGUCUUUUAUGAAUGAGCUUCGAUAGCUCGACGUACUUGAUGUGGAUAGGUAUACCGUUAACUCUCUACUGUCUCCUCCUUAAAUAUUGUAUGCCCUACCUGUGAAUAGACACUCCUGUCGGGGCUGGGCCAACGGUACCCCGACGUCUCGCAUGUUCUGCCAGUCGGAGGAGACCAAGAAUAAACAUGCUA